CCAUCUUCGCGACGCUGUGGCUGCCGUACCGCACGCUGCUGGUCUACAACUCACUGCUCGCCAUGUUCGGGCAGCAGCCUUUCAAGGACCUGUGGUAUCUCCUCUUCGCCAAGACAUGCAUCUUCAUCAACAGCGCCAUCAACCCGAUCCUGUACAACGCUCUUUCGGUCAAGUUUCGUCGUUCGUUCAAGAAGAUGCUCUCGUGUGGCAGCAGCCGGGCGGGCAACCAGUGGCACUUGACACUCCUAAACAGCGAAGGAGUGAGGCGCUUGGGCCGGUCACCGUCCUCUGGCCCCGCCCACCGUGCAGUCGCCCACUCCUCGACACGCCCCCUCUACCCGCCUACAGGCACGCAGGUUUUAGACACCGCCCUCAGCGCCCACGCCUCGCCUCUGACGCCAGGGAAUUAGGCCUCGAUUUGAAUGCCAAAAUUGUCUGUAUUUCUGUAGAAUAGCACAGUG